UCUUAAAAGCUUAAGUGAGUUUAGUUUAAAUUUGGCUGAGCCAACAAACGUUACAAAGAUUACAUUUUCUGCAAUACUGGUACUCCUUGCUUCAUUCAAAAUCAUAUACAAUAAUUUAUUUUUUUUACAAAAUUUGCGGAGAAUAAAACUUAUUGAAAUGAAUAUCUUAGCAAUUCUUAUUUUAACUAUACUAAUGAUGGCAUCUGAAGCUAUUCCUAAUAACGUCUCUAAUUAUUGCAUACUUGGUUGUGAGAACCCCAAAAAGAGGCAUGCUGUUUGCGCUAAUAGAAAGCAGAAACUAAUCGAGAAUUGUCCACCUGGUACAAAGAUUAUGCCAUUAGACGAUAUACAAGCCGUCAUAUUAAAAUUGCACAAUGAACGGCGUGAAUUUGUGGCAAGCGGCAGAGAUGAAACGUUACCACCCGCUGCACGUAUGGGUGAAUUAUUUUGGGAUGACGAAUUGGCCGACUUAGCUGAAUAUAGUGUAAGACGUUGCCUUAUAAGUGAUCCACAAUGCUACACUACACCAACAUUGCCCAAUCCGGGACGUAGUGCAAAUAUUUAUAAAUACGAGAAAACAGAAGUGCCAUUCGAGGAGUUAGUGCCGUCACGCGUAGUUGAAUGGCUGGAAACAUCGAGAGAGUGUACAGUGGAAAUUGCAGCGAACUUUCCAGAGAACCCACAAGGACAUGUUGACUUCUUCGGUCGUGCCAUUGCGGAUAGCAAUAAUCAAGUCGGCUGCGCCGCAUCGGAAUGGGUGAAGGAAUCAAAUAAAUAUUUUCUAUUAGUUUGUCUCUACACGAAUGAUGUGCGACCGGGCAAGCGUUUAUAUAAAUUUGGUCGACCUGGCUCGAGGUGCUUAACUGGAUACAGUAGCCAGUACACAAAUUUAUGCAGCAUCAUGGAAAACUACAAUAUCACUGAUGCAAGGAACGAACGUAGAGGACUUUCAGUCUUUAAUCCGAGUUACAAAAAUGAAGAAGAUUACAAUGCACCCGAGGGCAGCCUUUGGCAGUUAGUACUUUGAAAAGAAACCAGAACACAAUUUAAUUAUAUACUUUAUUUUUAUAUAUGUAGUAUGUCUCGACUACUAUAACAAAAAAUAUCGCUAAGCCUUUAUUGGGGAGGGCUAAGUUAAUUAUCUGACACUUAAGAAUCGAAACUUAUCAAACUCAAGCACAGAAAAUACAAAAGUUAUUACGCCAGAGUUGCUAUUCCAAAAAAUCAAUGUACUUAUGAACAUAUGUAACAACUGUAAUACUUUCUAACUUCAAUAUAUACUGCGUAAGGCAACACAGCGAAUGCCUCAAACAAGAGAA